AAUUGAGAUAACGUUUUCGGAUUUUAGAAUAAUUUUGGCCUCUGUACUUUUUUACGCAAGAUUUCUUGCUAAACAUACACCCCAUGGUCGAAGACACACCGACUUUAGUUAGACCGUGACGAAAAUGAACAUGGACACAGGUGACACAGAAGGAUUGGAUAGAAUUCGAAAACAAGCUUUCAAAAAGGAAGAAGCUAGUAAAUCUAUGAUUAAACUAAGCUUCAGUGUCAUUGAGCAGUUCAAUAGAAUUUCUACCGAGGCCAGUGGUAUUAGCACUCAAAUGAAAGAGGUUCAAGAGAAAAUUGACAAAAACGUGAUCACAUUCAACAAAGAAAUGGCUGCAUUCAAAGGAGUUACAGACGCAGAGAUGAAGAUGGAAGACAGGGACAGAAAAAUUGAAUCUGAUUUUAAUCAUGCUGCUCAAUCUAUUGAGAACUGUAAGGAAGAAAUUGAAAAAUUGAAGAGCGAAAUGUUGCAAUUUGACGAGGUCGUUAAACGUAAAGAAACAGAUUCAUUGGCAAAAGUGGAUAGUUACCGAAAGAUUGUCAAGCUAUUAUCGGAAUAUACUGGUGUCUAUUGGGACUUUGACAGCUGCCGGGACGGAAAGUUGAGAGGAUAUGUCAAAUGCAAGUCGCUCUCAAGAAUCCGACCUUUUGAGCUAGAGCUAACAGAAGAUAAAGGCAAACAAACUCGUGAGUUGUGGUCAAUCAUUGAGGACCUCAACACUAAAUAGCGUUGUAGCUUUAAAACCUCCCGCAGCGCCAACCUUCAUGGGGUCGUAUGAGGAGCGAGGACCUUGGAGGAGAACAACUUCUGCCAAAUCUCCAGACAACGUGGCGGCGAAAAGAUUGUUUACAGGACCAGCAUUGGCGAAGACCACAGGCACGUCUUGGGGCAUGGACAGUUGCAUUUGGUUCAGUGGUACCUGAAAAUUUCAAUUUAUGUAUUUUGUUUUAAAGACACUCCUUUUUGUUAGUAAAGUGAAGUGUGCCUGUAAUUCUAAUUCUUUCAAGCUUUAUAAAAAGUGUAAAUAUGUUUCAAGAUAACUAACUUUGAAAAUUUUGUUUAAAAUUGUACUAAAUACAGUGGACAAAAUAUGUCAGUUAAUUUUAUACAAAACUUCAAGAUAAUUUUAUUAUGAAAUGAACGGCAGAAAAUAUUAUUGACAUAUGAAAUAAAUAACUGAAAUUUCCCAGUGCUAAAUAAAACUUUUAUAUAUAAUCUUA